AUGAUGUUCAUUCGCUCGCUUAUCGUUGCCGCCGUCGUCCUCGGCGCCUCUGCCGUCCCGGCCCCGAGCCCCCAAGACAACGGCACCCCUGAACAACCCGCACCCGAGCAGCCCGCGCCCGAGCAGCCCGCGCCCGACCGGUGUGCCGGCGUCGUCUGUCCGGAAAACUCGUACUGCAAAAUAUUCGAUUUCAACCUAGAGCAACCGGUCGGGUGCGAAGCCAACGGAACUGUCCCAGCCGACGUGGAAACCUGCGGCGGCGUCAUCUGCCCGACGGGAACAACCUGCUGCAACUCGCCAUGUGGUGUCUGCACCAAGCCGGGGGAUUUCUGCUUGACUUGGGUCUGCUAA